GUUUUGGAUGAACGUGUGGGGGAAAUGACAAUAUGGUAAAUAAGUGAACAUGGGAUAUGGUGGAAGAUACAACUUGAAAUUUAUUUUGAAAGAUUCCUGUGAAUCUAAAUUGGCCAAAAAGUAAAAACUCUGUGAUUCUAAAGAUAAGGCUCCAACGACAGAGGAAUUUGAGUGACUACAGACUAUAUCCUCAAAUUUAUUGCAAUAAUAAUAUAUAUAUAUAUAUAUAUAUAUAUAUAUAUAUAAUAUGUGUAUGUAUAUGUAUAUAUCUCUUCAAGGGUCAAGAUCAAGAUGCUUUUCUCCAUUUAAUUUUUGCUUUAGCAAUUGGGACGGCGCAUUCUGCAGCAAAUUGUGGCUCAACUGGGGCCCAACAAAGCUUGAACUACAAGUUGGUGAUUUAACAUAUAAAGGAUAAGUACAUGCUGCUGUGAGCUUGCUGUAAACCUCUCUCCUAGAGGCCACAAGUCCACUAGCUCCAGUGGGUUCUAAUUCCAUGGAAUUUAUACUAUUAGCUAUAGUGUAGUGGCCAAGAGGCUUUCCAUAAGUACAAUUGAUUGCGCAAUCCAUGUGAUGGAGUAUAGAUUUAGCUUUGACACUAAUCGAUGCGAAAUAGAUUUAAAUCCGAUACCACAUGAUGAAGGCCCCGAUACCAAAAUUAGUGCGGGGCGGAAGUGUGCCGAAAUUCUAAUAGAAUUUCUUUAACUCCAGUGUUUUUCUGGCCCUUCAAACUCUUGGAGGGCUGCAUGUGUUCUCAAUCAGGAUUUGAUCAAUGUCACCAAUGGCAAUUAAUGAAUGAAUGAAUAAAUGGUCCCACAUCAAAGUGAGGCUAACAAAGGAUUCCACCGUCCAGCAGAUGAGCUUCGACCGACUUUUCAAAUGCUUAUAGACCCUGGACAUUUAUAUUGUAUGACAACCACUAGAAUAGCCAGCCUGCAAGGGGGAAUCAGAUAAGGAGCCCUGGGACACAAGCUCUUUUCAGCCAAGCAUGUGUCUGUGGACUAUGAAUCAUGAGCAAGUACUUUCUUCUGGUACUUCAAUUGAAAAUGUCAAACAAAAAGAAAAAGAAAAACAAAUGAAAUUGAAUGAACAUAAGAGUGAAUGCUUUAUGUAGAAGGGAUAAUGUUAUAUAUGACUACCUUACUUGAUAUGUCAUGGCAACUCUAUCCAAUGAAACCUUAUGGCCUAUAUUUAAAGCUAUAAUGACUUCAAAGAGAGUCACUAUAUGCAUUGAAACCGUAUUAAUACUCAUUCCCGUCGGAUUCGACCUAAGAGUUAAGACAUCGCAGUCUAUCGAUCGGAAUGAAUCAUGAGACCUUGGCCUUGGGAAUGUCCUAAUAUCAUUGACCCGGGAUGGGACUAAUCGAUAUCCUCUUCAAAAACCGUCGCGUAAUGUUGUUUGUCGUCCAUCCAAAACGCACCUAUGGAACAACUAAUUAACUUUAUAUUGUGACCCAUAAGUUGGGAUGCACUCUUGAUUAUUAUUGAAUGCUUUCCUCGAGCUCAAUCCCUGAGUGUGCGCGAGCUAUGCUUGUGUGUGGGGUUCCCAGGGAGAGAGAGAUCCUAGAUCUCUCAUCCAUUCAUGGAUGGCCCGGGCAGCAUGAGAAUAAGAGAUUUGAGUCUAUCUUGGAUGAGAUAUCUGGGAGUAGGUUGUUUUCCCACCUCAAUCUCUCAUAUUUCCUUCCUUUCCACUCCAACUGGAUAAUAUCAUAACUUCACUUGUGAUUCUUGUGGGGCUCGGAAUCUUGGGACAGAUUGGCCCAACUGUCACUCAUGACCCAUCAUCCCACAUGCCCAUGUACUCAACUUCCUCACCCUAUUCCUUUCCCUUUCCACUAUUUAGAAACACCCUUCAAGUCCCCCUCAGCUGGAGAGGGAAAGAAAAUAGGGCCAAGUGACUGAAAAUAGCAAGUUUCUUUUUUCCUCUUGGACAACAUAUGAUAGAGAAGAUAGCUAGAGAGCCUAGAGAGUAGAGAGAGUGUGUCUUGAACAUCAAGCUCAGACUUUUUGGAAGAGAGAUAAAAAUGGAAGUGGCAACUCUGGAUGUGGAAGAUGAUGUGUAUUUUGCAGACUUGAGCAAGCAGAUUUCUCUUCUGAUCAUGGAUGAAGAUGAGCACUUGCCUGUUGCUCAAUGGAAUCCUGCACCUCUCCAGGGUUUCACAAGAUUAGAAAUCAACUCAUCAUCCCCGCCAUCACAGUCGUUGCACACCCAGGUCUGCACGAGGGAAAGCAAAGGGACCGGCGUCUUCAUUCCCAAGUGUUCUCAACCAAGAAGAAGAAGCAGACAUGGAAGACACAGCUCGAGCUUCAGCAGUAGCACAAGAUCCUACAGGCAAACUGACAGCACAAGAAGGAUCUCUGAAGCUCCUCAGAACAAUUCUUAUAACCCCAGGACAAAAUUCUAGGGCAAUGGAAUCAUAGGAGAUUAUGGUAAAAACACACGAUGAAAUCAAAUGGUUGGUGCUUGGCAAGUGGGUCUAGUUACUAAGGAAGAAGAUGCUGAUGUCAUAAUCCGGAUAUGAAUGGUGUUGUGUACAUGAUGUGUUCUCAAUUUUCAGGUGUGGUGAGGCCCGUCAAUCAAAUGGUCUUGUGGGUCCCCUGUAAAGACAAUGCGCUUGCCUUCUAUAGCUAGUUUUA